UGGCCCGUUUAGUCGAAUGUAUACAAAGAAAGUACCCUGUGAGUAAACUCAUUUCCAGAACGAUUUUUUAAAUUAUUUUUUCAUCACUAAAACGCAUAAGACUUGUAGUUUUCAAAAUUGUUUUCAUUUUUGAUGAGACGCAGAAUAAAAGAAGUUUAAUCGCCGGCAAACGAAAACCUGCGAUUUCCCGAAAAUCCCGGACUCGGCCCGUAUAGUCAAAAGCAUACAAAGAAACUACCCAGGGAGUAAACUUAUUUCCCGAACGAUUUUUUCAAUUAUUUUUUCACCACUACAACGCAUGAGACUUGUAGUUUUCAGAUAUGUUUUUAUUUUUGAUGAGACGCUUACUGAAAGAGGUUUAAUCGCCGGCAAACGAAAACCCGCGAUUUCCCGUAAAUCCCGGGCUUGGCCCGUAUAGUCGAAUGUAUACAAAGAAAGUACCCUGUGAGUAAACUCACUUCCAGAACGAUUUUUUAAAUUAUUUUUUCACCACUAAAACGCAUGAGACUUGUAGUUUUUAAAAAUGUUUUCAUUUUUGAUGAGACGAUGAAUAAAAGAAGUUUAAUUACCGGCAAACCAAAACCUGCGAUUUCCCGUAAAUCCCGGACUCGGCUUGUAAAGUCAAAAGUAUACAAAUAAAGUACCCAGGGUGUAAACGCAUUUCCCGAACGAUUUUUUAAAUUAUUAUUUCACCACUAAAGCCCAUGAGACUUGUAGUUUUUAAAAAUGUUUUCAUUUUUGAUGAGACGCUUAAUAAAAGAGGUUUAAUCGCAGGCAAACGAAAACCCGCCAUUUCCCGUAAAUCCCGGGCUUGGCCCGUUUAGUCGAAUGUAUACAAAGAAAGUACCCUGUGAGUAAACUCAUUUCCAGAACGAUUUUUUAAAUUAUUUUUUCAUCACUAAAACGCAUAAGACUUGUAGUUUUCAAAAUUGUUUUCAUUUUUGAUGAGACGCAGAAUAAAAGAAGUUUAAUCGCCGGCAAACGAAAACCUGCGAUUUCCCGAAAAUCCCGGACUCGGCCUGUAUAGUCAAAAGCAUACAAAGAAACUACCCAGGGAGUAAACUUAUUUCCCGAACGAUUUUUUCAAUUAUUUUUUCACCACUACAACGCAUGAGACUUGUAGUUUUCAGAUAUGUUUUUAUUUUUGAUGAGACACUUACUGAAAGAGGUUUAAUCGCCGGCAAACGAAAACCCGCGAUUUCCCGUAAAUCCCGGGCUUGGCCCGUAUAGUCGAAUGUAGACAAAGAAAGUACCCUGUGAGUAAACUCACUUCCAGAAGGAUUUUUAAUUUAUUUUUUCACCACUAAAACGCAUAAGACUUGUAGUUUUCAAAAAUGUUUUCAUUUUUGAUGAGACGCUAAAUAAAAGAAGUUUAAUCGCCGGAAAACGAAAACCCGCGAUUUCCCGUAAAUCCCGGGCUUGGCCCGUAUAAUCAAAAGUAUACAAAGAAAGUACCCAGGUAGUAAACUCAUUUCCCGAACGAUUUUUUAAUUUAUUUUUUCACCACUAAAACGCAUAAGACUUGUAGUUUUUAAAAAUGUUUUCAUUUUUGAUGAGACGAUGAAUAAAAGAAGUUUAAUUGCCGGCAAACGAAAACCUGCGAUUUCCCGUAAAUCCCGGACUCGGCUUGUAAAGUCAAAAGUAUACAAAGAAAGUACCCAGGGUGUAAACGGAUUUCCCGAACGAUUUUUUAAAUUAUUAUUUCACCACUAAAGCCCAUGAGACUUAUAGUUUUUAAAAAUGUUUUCAUUUUUGAUGAGACGCUGAAUAAAAGAAGUUUAAUCGCCGGCAAACGAAAACCCGCGACUUCCCGUAAAUCCCGGACUCGGCCUGUAAAGUAACUGGCUUUGUUUUGACCGCUCGCACGUGCAUACCAAUCAAAACGCCUGAUUCUUUGAAAAACCAAAUUGAAAGAGACCGGACGUGUUUUAAUUUGCGCUACAGAAAUAAUUUAAAAAUAUCGAUCGUGUGAAAUAUAAAUCAAUCGUAGAAAUAAAAAUAAAUAGAUAAUAGCUAAAUAAAAAUAUGGAGAAAGAAGACAACUUAACGAUUUCAGUUAAGCUAGUCAGAGAUAGAUUCAAAGAAAUGUUUCUACAGCAACAAAAAGAUAUUUUGAAGAUUAUUAGUAGUAACAGGGCAAUUCUAAACGACAGACUUGAUAAAAUGAAAAAUGAACUAGAAGAAAUAAAAGAAACAUGCACUUGCUUAAAAGAUGAAAAUAAAGAACUUAAAUCCAAAGUUACAACAAACGAAGAAAGGAUUAAAAAAUUGGAGGAUGUGAAAAAAGAUCUGGAGGAGAGUGUUACCGUAACACAAGACAUACAGGAAAAGAAAAUUAAAGAAUUGGAAAAAAGGGUAAAACACAGUAACCACAAAGAAGAGAAAGAUAGAAAGAAGUUAAGAGAACUGGAAGAGGAAGAUAGAGAGAAAUUUAGACAGCUUGAAGAUAGACAGAGACGGAACAACUUAAGGAUCAGUGGGUUGCAGGAGAAUGAUGGUGAGAGCUGGGAUGACACGGAAAAGAAAGUUUUGGAUCUAUUUGGGAAUAAGCUUGGAGUUAAAAAUGUUGUCAUUGAGCGCGCGCAUAGGAUUGGAAAAAAGAACGAGGAGAAGGCAGAACAAAACACUUAUGACCAAGAAGAUGUACAGAAACCACCAGCACGAACUAUUGUUUUGAAGCUUCUAAAUUAUAAAGCUAAGAUCGAACUUUUAAAGAAUACUAAUAAACUUGCAGGGACAGGAAUUUACAUAAACGAAGACUUCUCGUAUGAAACAAGAAUGAUUAGGAAGAAACUGUUUGGUGAGAUGAAAACACACAGGGCGGAAGGGAGGUAUGCUGUAGUGUUAUAUGAUAAAUUGAUAGUUCGAGAAUUUAGGGAUAGGAUUGCUAAUGCCUAGUUUCGUUGCACAUAGCCUAAGGCUACAAAUAAUUUUUAGUAAUUAAAUUUUAAUUCUAAAAUGGCUGAACAAACGAACUACGAAAACUUGGAAUUCGACCCAUUCCAGGCUAACGAAACUGUACUUUUAAACGAUUUAACUGAUCCAGACAUAAAUUUUUAUAAUAAUGAGAUAACUAGAAACGCAAAAUAUUAUAAUCCAGAUACAAACAAUCUUUCUACAGAAAUAGAUAUAAAAUCUUUUUCAAUACUUCGUCUUAAUAUUAGAAGCAUACAAAAGAAUUUUGAAAAUUUUAAACAUCUUUUACAUAACCUGAA